AUGAUCGAUGGCGUCUUGAAGAUGCUGGGGCCGCCAAAAGGUCGGGGAAACGAGGGCCAUGCGGCAGUGGCUUGGAUUCCUAGUGCACAUUCGGUCGAAUCCACAAGCCGCGCUGCCUACCUCUAUCAUGCAGGCGCAUUAACACCAAAUCUGAAUGCGGCUUUAAUGUGUCUCCGCCGUGAAAAUUCAGGGAGGUCCUUGUGGGUUGAUGCCAUCUGCAUCGACCAGGCCAACAACGAGGAAAAUAAUCACCAGGUCGGCCAGAUGGGCACUGUUUACAGCUCCGCCGGAAGGGUCCUAUUUUGGCUGGGCCCAUCGAGCACAGAAACCCAAUGUCUCUUGGGCUUAGCGGAACACCUCCACGGAAAAGCGGUGCAGAGACAACCAGCCAAGGGACAGAGCUCGCUGGAGCUUUGGCGGCUGGCGUGGGAUGAGGUCUCGCAGGAGGCCGGGGAGGAGCCAACACAACUGCAGCACGCGCGGACACGGGAGCUCCAACGGCCGCUCGACCGGGCGUGGUUCCGUCGCGUUUGGGUUGUCCAAGAGGUGGCUCUUGCAAAACGGGUAGAUGUCGUGUGCGGUCGACUUUCAGGCGCUGGCAUCGGCCUUUUCCCUUCAGCCAGGCUUUAUGGGGGUCAAGGUGCCGCUGCGGGUUCAGGCCUUAUUGGGCGCGAUGCCGGGGGCCUCUUCGCGAGAACGAGACAUCAUGGUGGAGAGAAGAGCGGGAAUUCGGCACAGCCGUCACAAAAUUCGCAGAAAGUAAAGCAUCACUAUCACCUAGGUCAAAUAUCCGCACCGCUUGAAAGGUAUGCGGGCCGAUGGAACCCCAAGGAACUCCCGCCAGCAUCUAUACACAAGAAGGCAGCUUUUCAUCUCCUCGCGGCUGGCCAGAAGAUCGUCGAAAAGCAGCACACACCUAGUAGCAGAGUCUAUCAUCUGCUAACCAGAAGCGAAUCUCUACUCAUGUCUCAAUGUAUCUUGAGCUACAUCGAGUUUAUGCUGAAGUGCCACGUUCAGGCUGCUCCUCGGGUAUGCCAUCGAGUGGGAAUCUCGACCAUGUUUACGGAUAGCCCCUUAGCAAGAAGUCUCGAUAUGACAAGGGCGGAUCCGGACGGGCAUCGUGUGUGCAUCUCAACACCGCCGUUCGUCACGACAAGCCAGGGACACCACGAGGUGGCUAGGCCGUCUUUGCACGUAUAUCGAGACGACAUCGUUGUGGACGGAGUAUACUGCCCAGUGCCGUGUUCUACGGUGUUACUACCUUAUACUGCAGCAGCCACGGAUGGAAAGGACGCUGUGGACGUACUCCAAGUAUCGGAGGUAGUGACUCAUCGUGCCUCCUCACGUGCAGGUGCAUGGCUCGUACAUGCUAUACAUCCGGUCGUCCGCCCACAAAAUUAG